GCAACACUGUCGCAGUGUUGCCACACUGUGUGAAAUAUCAUGACCAGCCGGAUUCGGCGCGCAAUUUGUGACCAACUGCCACAAGUAAAGAGCAUUUACCAUGCGUUGGAAGUGCCAGCCAAAAAGCAACAGACCGCUGCAGCUCGACCACUGCUGCAAUGGAUUUUGCCGGCGACUGUUGCACAACAGGAAAACCAUUUGUUGGAAUCGGUGAAAAGUCAACAAUUUGAUUCGACGUAUGUGGAACAUGUUCAAGUGGUGCACAGUACGGGACGCAGUGCAGCCAAAGUGGAAUUCCAUCUACAGCCCGAUAAAUUUACACAACACCUCUUACAAACAGAUCCAAUCCCCUUUAGAGCCACUGAUUUCCAGGAGGAGCGCAUUGUUGUUGAGUUUAGUUCGCCGAAUAUAGCGAAGCCCUUCCACGUCGGACAUUUGCGAUCCACCAUCAUCGGCAACGUGCUGGCCAAUCUGCAUAAGCAUUUGGGUUAUCGGACGACACGGCUCAACUACUUGGGCGAUUGGGGAACCCAGUUUGGUCUGCUGGCACUUGGCGUCCAGUUGGGCAAUGUUAGUGAUGCAGAAAUGCGAGCUGCUCCCAUUGAAACCUUAUACAAUGCCUAUGUGGCGGCCAAUCGAGCAGCUGCCGAUGAUCCCAAGUUGGCCCAGCAGGCACGUGAUUUGUUUAGUGCGUUGGAAGCCGGCACAGAUGCAACUAUGUCUGGCCAGUGGCAGCAAUAUCGUCAGUACACCAUAGAUGAGCUGCGAGGCGUCUACGAGCGCCUUGGCGUCUCUUUCGACAGUUACGAAUGGGAGUCGCAGUAUUCGCAGCGUGAUAUUGGAGAAGUGCUUGCUCAACUACGCUCAGCGGGAUUACUCCAACGGGAGCAGGAUGGCCGUGAGAUAGUUGUGGUGGACCAGCGCCGGGUUCCCGUCAUCAAGAGCGAUGGCUCCACGUUGUAUCUGGCCCGUGAUAUAGCGGCACUGUUGGAGCGCCAGCAGCGUCUGCAAUUCUCACGCAUGCUUUAUGUCGUCGACAAUGGCCAGGCGGAUCAUUUCAAUGCACUCUUUCAGACAGCUGCCAAGCUGGACAAACGCUUGACGGACAAGCUGCAGCAUGUGAAAUUCGGAAGGAUUCAUGGCAUGAGCACUCGCCAAGGCAACGCCAUCUUCCUGAGCGAUGUGCUCAAUGAGGCCCGGGAUGUGAUGCGGGAGAAGCGCAGCAAUAGUUCAACAACUAAAGUGAAUGUCGCAUUAAACGAUGAUGAACUCUGCGACAUUCUGGGCGUGUCUGCGGUGCUUGUCAACGUGCUGAAACAGCGUCGGCAGCGUGAUCACGAGUUCAGCUGGCAGCAGGCGCUGCAGGUGAAUGGCGAUACGGGCAUCAAGCUACAAUACACACACUGUCGCCUGCACAGUCUACUGGAUAACUUUAGACACAUCGAGCUGGCUGAGAUAAAGCCCAGCUGGCAGCAUUUAACUGAGGAGCCAAGCGAUGCAAUCGAUCUGCUCUACGAGCUGGCGCGCUUCGAGCAAUGUGUUUGGCAGGCCAAGGAACAGCUGGAAGCAUGUGUGCUGGUCAACUAUCUGUUUGGCUUGUGCAAUGCGACAAGUCGCGCUUUGAAGCGCCUGCCCGUGAAGCAGGAGAAAUGCCUGCAGAAGCAAACACAGCGUCUGCUGCUCUUCCAUGCGGCCAAGCGCACCUUGCAGCAGGGCAUGCAGCUGCUGGGCCUGAAGCCUCUUGACCAAAUGUAG